UUUUUGUUACUUGUUUGUUUUGGUUUUUCUCUUUUUCUUAUACUUUCUUUCAUUCAUUGAUUGAUUUGAUUUUGUAAUAUUAAUAAUAAUGAUGACUAUUGAGAUUGCUAGUCUGUGAUGUGUUGCCUCAGAUCCAGGCAAGUUACAGUGGAAAAAAGAUAAGGGUUGUUGUUUGUUAUUGUUGUUGUGGUUUUUUUCAUCCCUUUUUAAAUUUCUCUCUUUUUAAUUGGUGGGUUUAGUUUUCUUUAGUGCAAUUUGUUUUCAUGUAUAUAAAGUUUGUAUUUUUGCAUGUUUUCAGGUUGUUUCCAUUGUUCUUCCUAUAGGUGACAAAGGUAGACAGAAGAGGGUUGUGGCAAUAGCUUUUUAUGGUGAAAAUUUCUUGAAAUGGAAGUUUGGAUCCAUUGUUGUUGACCAGAUCUGAUUACUUCAAUUCAAUCUUGUAGCUGGUUCAUACUUCGUAUAUUGGUUGAAUUUCGGUUCGUAUUUUGUUAUAUAGGGUCUCCUUAGGAAUGGAAUAUGUUACUUUUCAGAUUUUAGAAUCCUUUUCAAUGAGAAAAAGAUGUGAUCAAUUAGUUGAAACAUGAAGGGUUUUGCGAUAUCGAAGGGGUGGGAGGUUAACUUUUUGUUUUAUCUAGAUAGGGAUUUCAAUGGAAGAAUUGUUGUAUGUGGUUACAGUGCCAUUGAGAGUAGGUAACUUCGUCUGCGAUAACUCGGUCAUAGUUAUACACAUGGAUUUAUCCAGAUUUAAAGUAAUGGAAGAUGCAGGGUCGUUGUCUAAUUCUGUAAGUAAGGUUUCCACCGAGACAGUUGUAGGUUCGGACUAUAGCCGUAAUGUUGAAAUAGGUGUCACAGAAGUCACGGCACCAGAAUUGGAUAGGGAAGGAGAAGUUCCUUUGGUGGAAAUGAUAUCCCAAAAUAAAAGUGAUUUGGUUUCUAGUGAUGUAGCGUUGGUUCCAGAAAGCGAGGAGGAUGAUUCGUUAUCAUUGGAAGGUGAACAGUUUAUUGAUAGCUCGUGUUCUCUAUCGGUUGUCAGUGAGAAUAGUAGUAUAGGUGGAGAAGAGUUUGUUGCUUCUGAUGCUACUUCAGAAGUUGGAACACCACGUUCGGUAUAUGUAGAGAAGAUUGUCGGUCCUGUCAAUAUUGUUGCUCACGCCGCUGAUUUGGGGGAGUCGAAUGUUGACACGGAUAUUGUGAGUGAAUCCCUUACCGUGGCUGUGAGUCUUGACCAAGAGAUUGGAGUUGAGUCGGACCUAAAACCUACUACGGUUGUUGUUGAUCAUCAGAUGCCUCAGGAAGAGGGAACGAGUGUAACCGUUGUCCGGAGUGUUUUUGAAUUGGAUUAUACCCCAUUAUGGGGAUUCAUAUCGCUAUGUGGAAGAAGACCUGAAAUGGAAGACGCAUUUGCAACUGUUCCUCAAUUCUUGAAAAUUCCUAUUCAGAUGUUGAUUGGUGAUCGAGUACCUGACGGAAUAAACCGAUGUUUUAGGCCGCAGAUGACUCAUUUCUUUGGAGUAUAUGAUGGCCAUGGAGGCUCUCAGGUGGCAAAUUAUUGUCGUGAACGCCUUCAUUUGGCAUUGGCUGAGGAAAUAGAACUUGUCAAGGAAGGUUUAAUCAAUGGAAGUACCGUGGAUAGUUGCCAAGAUCAGUGGAACAAAGCAUUCACCAACUGUUUCUUAAAGGUUGAUGCUGAAAUUGGAGGAACGGCCAAUAAUGAAGCUGUUGCGCCAGAAACGGUUGGUUCCACUGCAGUAGUUGCUCUAAUAUGUUCAUCUCAUAUCAUAGUUGCAAAUUGUGGUGAUUCAAGAGCCGUUCUUUGUCGCGGCAAAGAACCAAUGGCGUUAUCAGUGGACCAUAAACCAAACCGAGAAGAUGAAUAUGCUAGAAUUGAAGCAGCCGGAGGAAAAGUGAUACAAUGGAAUGGUCAUCGUGUAUUCGGUGUUCUUGCAAUGUCAAGGUCUAUCGGUGACAGAUAUUUGAAACCGUGGAUUAUCCCAGAACCAGAAGUUCAAUUCAUUCCACGUGCAAAAGAAGACGAAUGUCUCAUUCUAGCCAGCGACGGUCUAUGGGAUGUGAUGACAAAUGAAGAGAUCUGUGACUUGGCUCGAAAACGAAUACUUCUUUGGUACAAGAAAAACAGCUCAGAACUACCAUCAGAAAGGGGGGAGACGAGUGACCCCGCAGCUCAAGCUGCAGCAGAGUUCCUCUCAAAUCGUGCUCUUCAGAAAGGAAGCAAAGACAACAUAACCGUGAUAGUCGUGGAUCUGAAACCUCAACGAAAGUAUAAGAACAAGACAUGAUGAUUCCAAGGUUGUGGGAAGAUUAUUAUUGUACUAUAGAAGCAUAAUAUAAUCGUCCAAUAUAGUUUUUCGCCCAUUAAUUUUUCACAAGGGCAUUCAUCUUCUGAUCUGUACUAUAAUACAUCUUACAUAGAACUCAACUAAUUAAGAGUCUACAUAUCCAAUGCAUUGGAUUGGAGCUAUGUAAAUUUAGCUGCUUAUUGUAGGGAUGAUAUCCAAUUCCUUUGACAUCUUUUUAGCUUAUUGUAUUCAUUAUUGUGCCUCCAAGUACAAAGGCUUUGUGAGGCAUUUACUUGAAUAUUAUUGUAGCAUGUGUGUUUAUAAAGCAGUAACCAAUUUGUAAGUGGUUUUUAGUUUUAUAUUAAACUGUAGCGUGUUUGUUUAUUACCAA